AUGGCGAUGCGGAUGAUGGCGGCGGCGGCAGCAGUGGCGCUGGUGGCGGUGAUGGGCGUGCUGGCGCCCCGAGCGAAAUGGCGUGGUGGCAGCAGCACUGAAGAAACAUCCUCCCAAAAUAGUUCUAGCAAUCAGACAGGGGCACAUUGUUAUACAGGGAAGACGCCGGACGCCGACGCCGAGGCCGACGCCGCGGCACAGGCAGCGUCAGCCGCGACGGCGGCGACCCCGCCGCCACUGCCGCCACACCCGCCGCGGCGUGACGACGAGCUGGUGGACGGCUGGCCGACGUGGCUCCUGGACAACGUGCCCCGCGAGGUGCUGCAGGGCAUUGUACCCAAGAGCGUCCACGCCUACGAGAAGAUCGAGAAGGUCGGUGAGGGCUCGUACAGCAGCGUGUACAAGGCGCGGGAGCGCGGGACGGGGCGGAUCGUGGCGCUCAAGAAGGUGUGGUUCAACGCGUCGGACUCGGAGAGCGUGCGGUUCAUGGCGAGGGAGAUCCAGUUCCUGCGGCGGCUGGACCACCCCAACGUGAUGAAGCUGGAGGGCAUCGCCACCUCCCGCCGCAGCAUCUACCUCGUCUUCGACUUCAUGUACGACGACCUCAGCAGGCUCGUCUUCCGCUCCGGAAGGUGCCUCACCGAGCCGCAGGGUGCAGCAGUCCCUGCUGAGGGCCUCCCUGCACUUGACCACUCCUGCCACAGCCUCCCGAAGCAUGUGCAAAUGUUGAUAAGAUCCGCAUUGCCCCUUAUCUCUUGUCUAUUUGGAUUAAGAAAUAAGGCUAAAUCAUCUGUGUACAAUGACACCCGUAACUUAACUGCCCUGUGCUGA